UUGAGAGCCGUUUCGGUGGUUCUGGCCGUUUUGUUUUCGGCCUUCGAGUGCCUGUGGUUUGAAGCUUCUAGGGUUUUGACCGAUAACCGUCUCGUUGCAGUUAGGGGUUGGCUGACGCUGAAAUGGGAGCUUGAUACUGUUUGCUUCCUCGUGGGUUUGGUGGUCACUGCUUACCCAUUUUGGUUUGCCUGUGAGUUGGCUGUGUCUUUGGGAGAACGAUUUUCAUUUUCUGCUGUUUUGAAAAUUGAAAUGGUGAGGAAGAGGAGAACUGAUCAUCCAGGUGGCGGUGAAGGCUCAGAGUCCUCACCUGGAUCUGAUCAUGGCCCAGAGCAGCAGUCAUCUGAGAGGAGUGGUCCACCUCAGCAAGGUGGUCGAGGUGGAGGUUCCCAAGGUGGUCGUGGUGCUGGUUACCUAGGUGGUCGUGGCGCUGGUUCCCAAGGUGGUCGUGGUGGAGGGCCUCCGUAUCAGCAGCAAGGUGGACGUGGAGGUGGUUAUGGCGGUCGAGGCCGUGGUGCUCCCCAGAACAAUCCAUAUUAUGGAGGGUCUGGAGAGUAUCAAGGUAGGGGAAGAGGAGGGCCACCCCAGCAAGGUGGUCGAGGUUAUGGUGGUGGUCGGAAUGGUGGCCGUGAAGGAGGACCUCCCUACAGUGGACCAUCUAGAUCACAAGUUCCCGAUCUGCCCCAAGCAACCCCACCACCUUUUCAAGUUGGGUUGAGCCCUCAGCCCAGACAUACAGAGGCUAGCUCAUCUCAGCCUCCUGACCCUUCAACAGCAGCAAUAUCACAGCAGGUUCAGCAACUAACAAUUCAAGAAGAAUCAUCUGGCCAGGCUAUUCAGGCUGCACCUCCUGCCUCAAGCAAGUCUGUCAGAUUUCCCAUUCGCCCUGGCAAGGGUACUGUGGGCUCAAGAUGUGUUGUGAAAGCUAAUCAUUUCUUUGCGGAGCUUCCUGACAAGGAUUUGCACCAAUAUGAUGUCACCAUUACUCCUGAGGUUACUUCGAGAGGUGUCAAUCGUGCUGUCAUGAACCAGUUGGUCACAUUGUACCGAUAUUCACAUCUAGGAGAGCGUCUUCCUGCUUAUGAUGGACGGAAGAGUUUGUACACUGCUGGGCCCCUUCCUUUCACAUCAAAAGAAUUCCGUAUCACCCUGAUUGAUGAAGAUGAUGGAACAGGCGGUCAAAGGAGAGAGAGGGAGUUCAAAGUGGUAAUAAAGUUGGCAGCACGGGCGGACCUGCACCAUUUGGGUCUCUUUCUACAGGGAAAGCAAGCUGAUGCACCGCAGGAAGCGCUCCAAGUUCUUGACAUUGUCCUGCGCGAGUUGCCCAAUGUGAAUUACACCCCAGUUGGGCGAUCGUUUUAUCAUCCUGAUAUUGGAAGAAGGCAGCCUCUUGGUGAAGGUUUGGAGAGCUGGCGUGGUUUUUAUCAAAGUAUUCGGCCCACUCAAAUGGGACUGUCACUGAAUAUUGAUAUGUCUUCCACUGCAUUCAUUGAGCCACUGCCGGUUAUUGAAUUUGUGACUCAACUGUUGAAUCGUGACGUCUCCUCUAGGCCAUUAUCAGAUGCUGACCGUGUGAAGAUUAAAAAGGCUUUGAGAGGUGUGAAGGUUGAAGUGACUCACCGUGGAAAUAUGCGACGGAAGUACCGUAUAUCUGGUUUAACAUCACAGGCAACUAGAGAGUUGACUUUUCCUGUGGACGAAAGAGGAACAAUGAAAUCUGUUGUGGAGUACUUCUAUGAAACUUAUGGCUUCGUCAUUCAGCAUACUCAAUGGCCCUGUCUGCAAGUUGGAAAUCAACAAAGGCCCAACUAUUUACCCAUGGAGGUUUGUAAGAUUGUGGAGGGUCAGCGGUACUCAAAGAGGUUGAAUGAGAAACAGAUCACUGCUUUGUUAAAGGUGACCUGUCAGCGUCCCAAGGAAAGAGAGAAUGAUAUUAUAGAGACUGUCCGUCAUAAUGCUUAUCACAAGGACAAAUAUGCGAAGGAGUUUGGUAUCAAGAUCAGUGAUAGGCUUGCUAAUGUUGAAGCUCGUAUACUGCCUGCUCCAUUGCUGAAAUAUCAUGACACUGGUAGAGAGAAGGAUUGUCUACCCCAAGUUGGACAGUGGAACAUGAUGAACAAGAAAAUGGUCAAUGGUGGAACAGUGAACAAUUGGAUUUGCAUUAACUUCUCUCGACACAUCCAAGACAGUAUGGCCCGUGGAUUUUGUUAUGAACUUUCUCAGAUGUGUCAAACUUCUGGAAUGCAAUUUAACAGUGAGCCGGUGCUUCCUCCCAUCAGUGGUAGACCAGAGCAAGUUGAGAGGGUGCUCAAAACGAGGUACCAUGAUGCUAUGAUGAAGCUGCAGCCAGUGGGGAAGGAGCUUGAUCUGCUUAUUGUUAUCCUCCCUGAUAACAAUGGAUCUCUUUAUGGGGACUUGAAGCGGAUAUGUGAGACAGAUCUAGGGCUUGUGAGUCAGUGCUGCUUGACCAAACAUGUUUACAAAAUGAGCAAGCAGUACUUGGCUAAUGUAGCCUUGAAGAUAAAUGUCAAGGUUGGAGGAAGAAAUACUGUUUUGGUUGAUGCAAUUUCUCGACGUAUUCCUUUAGUUAGUGAUCGACCAACAAUCAUUUUUGGCGCUGAUGUUACUCACCCUCACCCUGGAGAGGAUUCGAGCCCCUCAAUUGCAGCUGUUGUUGCUUCUCAAGACUGGCCAGAGAUAACUAAAUACGCAGGUCUUGUUUGUGCUCAAGCACAUCGUCAGGAACUCAUUCAGGAUUUGUACAAGUCCUGGAAUGAUCCUGUCAGAGGCCCAGUAUCUGGUGGCAUGAUCAAGGAGUUACUAAUAUCUUUCCGCCGCGCAACCGGUCAAAAGCCACAGCGUAUUAUAUUUUACAGGGAUGGAGUUAGCGAGGGGCAGUUUUAUCAGGUUUUGCUGUAUGAACUUGAUGCUAUUCGGAAGGUAAAUUCCAAGAACUCUGAAAUUAGUCUGACUCCAGUUUCUGUUUUUUCAUAUAUGAAGGCUUGUGCUUCAUUAGAACCCAACUAUCAGCCUCCAGUAACUUUUGUUGUGGUGCAAAAGCGUCAUCACACAAGACUGUUUGCCAGCAAUCAUAAUGAUCGUAAUUCCGUUGACAGAAGUGGGAAUAUACUACCCGGUACUGUUGUGGACUCCAAAAUCUGCCAUCCAACUGAGUUUGAUUUUUACCUCUGCAGCCAUGCUGGUAUUCAGGGGACUAGCCGUCCGGCCCAUUAUCAUGUUCUGUGGGAUGAGAACAAGUUCUCUGCUGAUGCGCUGCAGUCACUGACAAAUAACCUGUGCUACACAUACGCCAGGUGCACCCGUUCGGUUUCUAUUGUGCCACCAGCGUACUAUGCUCAUCUUGCUGCCUUCAGAGCUCGUUUCUACAUGGAGCCAGAGUCAUCAGACAGUGGCUCUAUGACCAGUGGGACUCAAGAUUUUGGUCGUGGAGGUCCAGGAGGCGGGAGGGCUACUCGUGGCCCUGGUGCCAAUGCGUCUGUCAGACCAUUGCCUGCACUGAAGGAAAAUGUGAAGAAGGUUAUGUUCUACUGUUGAGUGGCUUUUCAAAUGGUAAUUAAGGAGAGGGGAGUGAGUGAGUGCGCUGAGGAGUGGAAGAACAGAUGUUUUGCAGUCGGUUGCAUUUUACUUUUUAGCAGAGAGUAUUGUCGAUAAUUUGUGCCUGCUCAUGCUCUUGCUACUGGUUUGAUCUAAUGAGCAGUGUGCUCUUUUGGUUUAUGUUGGGCAUUGUACGCUCGGAUGCAUUGCUAUGUUUAUACUACCGAAUUGGAUAUUGUUGUUGGUCUCUUAUAUGCUAUGUUUAUUGAAGUGCUAUGUUCAUAGAGAAUUUACAUGGUGCAGUUGUUUAUUAUGUCGAAUGUUACCUGCUUUGCGCGAGUCAU